GCAUGCCUUCAGCGUGCCACAUCUCUUCUAGACAAGGCCCAGAGCAGACGUGGUGCCUUGCCAACGAACCCGGACUUCCUCACCUUGGAAGGGUAUCAAUGCUUGGCACGGCACAUCCUUGCUCAACGACCGGAGAUUGGAAAUUACUUGGUGCGAGCAGAAAACCUUUUUGAUGCUGCGUUGAAGCUCAAAAGGUCGUCUCCUCGUGCUCUCAUGGGAAAGGCUUGUGUCAGGGCCAGCCGGCGUGACUGGAAGCAGGCUCUGGAAUGUUUCAGAAAAGUGCUGCGGCGUGCAGCUCCACAUGCCCCACAAGGAGGAGAACAGCUGAAUGCAAUCAAAGAGGUGCGCUUUGCGCUUGCGACUUGCUUUGCUGGUCUGGGACGACACCAGCAGGCGAAGAACGCUCUUCAGGGCGUAGUGGCUGCCGACGCAAAGGACGUCGAAGCCUUGUGUGCCCUGGCCUACUUGGAGUCCAAGACGGGCAAGGGCAACGAAGCAAAGCAACGUGCUGCUGAAAAAAUGGCACAGGCCAUGAAUGCCGAUCCGACUCACCCUGCAGUCUUAUGUCGAGCUGCUGACCAUUCGUUUAGUUGUGGUCUGCAGGAAGCACGUGCCGGCAAGGCUUUACCUGAUGCUUGGAAGCUGGCAAAGAAACUGCUCCAAAGGGCUUUGGACAACAGCGACGUGCCACAGGUCGUCGCUGAAGUCCAAUACCAACUUGGAAGAAUGGAACAUGCCCAAGGGCGUUUCAGCGAGGCUAGAGAACUGUACAAGCAAUGCGUCCAGAUUAAUCCCGAUCAUCUUGCAGGGGUGUAUGUCUUUGCGCAGUGCUUGGUGCACGAGCGAUACUUUUCACAAGCCGUGACGGUCCUCGAGAAGGCACCGCCACAGCUUCGCAAAGAGCCAGAGGUCAAAAAGUUGUUGACGGCCGCCUACCUGGCAACAGGAGAGCACGACAAGCAGGCGGCAACAGUGUCUGACUCCUUGGUCACGAUGUGUCCAGAAGAUAUCGAGGCUUGGGCUAUGCGAGCAGAGGCUUAUUCCAGGCUCGAGAAGAUCGUUAAGCCAAAGGUAACGAUUGACUCGUAUGAACGAAUGGCGAAACUGAUGCAGGCAAGCCCCGAAGCCCGUGCGAAAGUCACUCCGCAAAUGUGGAAUAACCUUGGCACGAUCAGGGCUAUGCAUGGGGAUCCAGCCGAUGCCAAAGAGGCAUAUGAUAGCGGCAUGGAGCGCGUCGAGUCCCUGCAACAGCUUGGAGAGGCUCAGGCUGGCCAGUCCGAGAAGGACCUGCGUGUGGCCGAGAUCACUAUGCGUUUCAACAAGGCCUGGCUGGCAGAAAGCCAGCCGCAAGAAGGCGAGAUGCAGGAGGCGGUUCGAUUGUAUUUGGCGCUGACGGAGGAGGUGAAGUGGUUUGCCGAUGCUUUCCUGCAGCUUGGAGGGCUAUGGCAGCGCGUGGGCAAGAAGGAAGAGGCUUUGAGAAAUUUUCAGCAGGCGAUCAAGUACAGCCCCUUUCUGGGCAAGCUUCUCUGUUCUGAGGCACUCCGUGCAUCAGGUAAAUACGAAGAAGCACUCAAGUGGGGUGAGAAGGCGGCAAGAGGGGCACAAGCCAAUGAGUCUCAGUAUGCCAACGUCUUUGUCGGCAAUCUUUGCUACGAGGCUUCAACUCAUCACAAGACACCGCCGCAGAUGAUCGAUACCUACUUGAAGAAGGCAUUGACCUAUUACCUCAAAGCGCUGGAUGCCAAGAAGGACUGCCAGUUUGCAGCAAACGGCAUUGGUAUUGUUUUCGCAAAGCGUGGAAAGAUGGACUGUGCCAAGCAGUUCUUCGAGAGCGUGAUGAACCACCAG